GCCCGUGUGCCAUUGACCUUGCACCGAAUCUGGCUUCUUCCUGGAGGAAACGGAGGUCCCGAGGCGGGGAUGGCGUAGCAGGGGACCCCUGAGUCCCCGUGGGGUUCUGCCCUCCUCACCCUUCACAGCCGGGACCUGCAGGCGGGAGGUGGAGGAGAGGGCUGACUUAGUGUCCCUUCUUCACGGGUGACAAACAGCCACAUACUGACAGAGCCGGGAGUGACUCAGAGAGCAGUGUAGAACUUCGCCGGGUGGGGUCGGGGGCGGGUGCCAGACGCCGUCCUGGGGUGUGGGUGGGACAGAGGCCCCUCGCCGGCCAGCUUGGCGGCCGCUGUCCCUCGGCCCUCCCGCGUGACGCCCUGCCGCUGGGCCCCGUGACAUUCCAGCGCCCUGGGGGGCCGCGGCCGGGCUGUGGCGGGGACGUUGUGGGGCCAGAAGUGCCGGCGGUGGGCGGUGAAACGGGAGAUGCCGAGUGGGAGGAAUGUGCCCUGUCAUGUGUCCAUUCUGAGGACCGGGCUCUUUGGGAGGAAACGGAGUCUCCGAAACGAAAUGCCAUGGCCACAGGCCAACCACGGCGGGGCGGGGGACUGCAGAACCCCCUCCCCUCCAGUUCAGGGCUCUCGCCCCAGCCCGGGGCCAGGCCGCCCCUCUGCUGGGGGUCACGCCCCUGGGCCGCAGUGGACCAUGUGACGGAGGGCGUGAGGGCCGCGGUGGGCGUCGGAACAGGCUGGGGGGCUCCCGUGUACCUGCCGUAUAACUCGCCGGUCCCAGAGGGGCAGGCGAAUUCAUGGGGACCCCACCGUCUUGGGCCGACGAAAGCUGAUGAGCAGCCAGCUGGGAGUUCUCCCUGCAGACCCGGUGGUUCGGAGGGUCCAGUCUGGCUGGGAGGGAGACGCUGCUGGCCCCUCCGGAAAGCCUGUUUGUCCCCAGGAAACUGAGUCUGAAGUCGAGGGGGCCAGGCUGUUGGAGCUAGAACCCCGCACGCAGGAGCUUGAUUCCUGCGUCUCGCCCUUUGCACGGUCUUUGGCCUCGGGGCCCAGCAGGAGGCCAGGCCACCCGCAGGCUGCAGGCUCAGCCCCAGCUUCCUUCACCCGGGAAAGGCAGCCUACCCCUCCACGUCUCGGGACGUGUGUUGUGCUGGGGCCAGGGAGCUGCAGGAGGCCAGUCAGUGUGGUUAGCUGGGGUUGGACAAGCUCUGGGGGCAGAGCGACUCCACCAGGCCCCACCCGGGACACUGGCCUGGGCGCUCACUGAGGCUGUGGGAGCGGACACGGGGGAGACCAGCCCACCUCCCAGAAGCAAUUCCAUCCUCUAUUCUCAGGAGACCAGUCGCCGACCUCGGAAGCCCUAGAGAAGGCAGGCCAUGGCAGGGAAGACCCCCAAGAAGUCCUCCUCGUAUGGGGUGAAGAUCCAGCAGCUGGUGGAGGAGAUUCCAGAAGGGUGCAGCACACCUGACUUUGAGCAGAAGCCCGUCACCUUGGCGCUGCAGGAGGGGAAGAAUGCCAUCUUCAAGGCUGUGGUCUGUGGGGACCCCAGGCCCGAGGUGCGCUGGCAGUGCAGUAAAGGGGACCUCAGUGACUCCAGCAAGUACCGGAUCUCGUCAGCCCCUGACAGCAAGGAGCAUGUGCUGCAGAUCAACAAGCUGACGGGUGAGGACACGGACGUGUACCGCUGCACAGCCGUGAACGCGUACGGAGAAGCCGUGUGCUCGGCGAGGCUCACCGUCAUUGAAGUGGGCUUUCGGAAGAAGCGGAAGAGGCACCAGGAGCCCCAGGAGGACCUCAAGCAGGAGCUGAUGGAUCUGAGGAUGAUGCUGAAGAAGAGGGCCCCGCCUUCCGGCCCCGAGAAGAAGGUGGACGUGCAGCAGGUGUGGCAGCUGCUGAUGACGGCCGACCGGAAGGACUACGAGAGGCUGUGCAUCAAGUACGGCAUCGUGGACUUCCGGGGCAUGCUGCGCAAGCUGCAGCAGAUGCGCAAGGAGCGAGAGGGCCGCCUGGCCCAGUACCUCAACUCCGUAUCCAACCUGAGACACAUAACGGUCACCAAGGACGGGAUUGCGACGUUUGACCUGGAGCUGGAUCUCAAGGAUCCUGAGAGCAAGAUUUACCUGUAUAAGGACAGUGAGAAGGUCGCCUACAACUCCGGCAGCCCGACCAAGUACAGCAGGCAGCAGCUGGGGAACCGCCACCACUUCCUGAUCCAUGACCUGUGUCCCGAGGACGCUGGCAUCUACCAGGUCAAGGUGGAGGACGCCGACGUCUUCUCCACAGAGCUGGAGGCCAGCGACAUCCCGCCCAGGGUGCUGGUGCCGCUGGCUGAAGCCCGCUGUAAGGAGCACGGUGAUGCUGCCUUUGAGUGCGUCCUCUCCAAGCCCUGCCCCAGCGCCACCUGGAACUUCCAGCACCAGCCCCUCCAACGUAGUGACCGAUACGAAGUGUCCGUGUCCCCCGACGGGCUGACCCACCGGCUGGUGGUGAGGGGGGCCCGCUUCUCAGACACGGGCACCUACUCCCUGAGCACCGGGCUCCACAGCUCCAGCGCCUGGCUGGUGGUGGAAGCAGGGAAGGAUAAAGGCCUUCUGAGCACCAGCGCCGACCAGCACGUCCAAGGGCGAGGAGCCCAGGCCUCGGGAGCAGACGCAUCCAGGGGCGCCAGCAGUGAGGGAGGGAGACCUGGAGAGCAGGGCACCGACGGGGGCCCCCUUAGUGGAGUGCGGCCGGCGCUGGGGCUCCAGCUCACAGCCGGCCCAGAGAGAGGAGGCCUUGGGGGACACGGCUACUCCUCCACGGGGGACGAGAGGGCAGCUGACUCAGCCUGGGGCCCCGGGCAGGCAAGAAAGGGCUUUCUGGAAGCCGAGGGAGACAGGACCGCUCCAGCCAGGGACAAGCUCCACGGAGAGGGAGCCCCAGACAGGAGCCUUCUGGGGGGGCCCCAUCCACAGGGACGGGACCUGGGAUCAGGGUCGGGCCUCACGGGUCAUCGGCCAGACGGUGGCAGAGACGGUGGGGAGAGUCAAGGUGGGACAGCAGGAGGCUGGGAGGCCGGGCCCAGGCGCCCUCAGGCUGGCGGACGGUUGAGCAGCGGGGAAGGACAGGAGCAUGGAGUGGACAAGGGCGGCCAGGGACGGCUCUGGGGGGCCCCAGUUAGGCCUGGGGAGGGAAAGGCGGCCUCGCAGGGCCCGCAGUCUCGUCCUGUGGGGUCUUGGUCAGAAGGGGAGGGGAUGGAGGAGAUUUUGCAGGGGGAGAGCCUGGGCACGGUGGGGGCAGGGCGUGGGGCGCAUGGGGGAGCAGGGAGGGGAGCAGCUCAGGCAGCAUGGAGCAGCAGGGCUGGCCAGGGGCAGGCUGGGGACAGCGAAGCCGCGGGAGGUCCUGGUGCCCUGAAGCCUCCUAGAGGAGGGGGGUCCAGCGCCAAGGCAGGCAGGGGCCCUGAGACCUGGGGGGCUCAGGCACGUGGCGAUGGUGACCACGGGGGGCUGGGACCUGCUAUGGGUCAGACACCUGCAGGUGAGGACGUCCAGGCGCACCUGGCGUCCGGGGACAGGAAGUUCCUCCCGGGGAGCAGGAGUCCGGAGGGCCAAGCUAAGGGGUUGUGGCAGGCAGCAGAUGGUGGAGGCCCAGGAGGCCCCGGGGGCCGGAAAAGGGGUCUGCCGGGGCCCUGGGGACAGGAGGGCCAGCGGGUGGUGGAGGCCGCAGGCCAGGCAAAGGAUGGCCACGGGAGCCUCCAGGGUUCCCAGGGCUGGGCAGCCGGGGAGAGGGGGGCAGGGGAGGCCGGCAGAAUGGAGGCCAAGCAUGCAGGUCCUCAGGAAGACACAGGGUCUGCCCUCAGCCGAGCCGGGGCCCAGAGUGGGCGUGGGGAGCCGCCUGGGGCUCUAGGCCCAGGAGCUCAGAGGCUCAGGGGCACACUGGGCGGCACAGGUGAAUCAGGAGGUCCCGGGACAGUGGGGUCCGAACCAGAUUCCUGGAACGGGACAUGGGGUGGCAGAGAUGAAGAGGGUGAGGCUGGCUCGGGUGGGCCCCGGGGACUGGCGUCCAAGAGUGACGGGGGCUCGGGGUAUUUUAGGGGACUUGGCCCUGAAAAGGGGUCUGGUUACGGUGGUGGCUCGGGGGCGCCGGGAGACACGGGGUCCGCUCACGCUGCUGGCUCUGGCGUCGCCUCCGGGGCGCCCGGGAGAGUGGAGCCCGAGGGCAGGGCUGGUGACAGGCGCGGCUCCCUGGGGCCUGCGGCUCUGCGGUCUGGACACCAAGGCGGUCGUCCUGCAGGCGGGGUGUCGGAGAGAACCGGAGGUCUCGAGAAUGGCUCGGGGGGCCUAGAUGGGGGACUCGGGGAUGAAACCAGGCUGCGUCCGGAGCCCGGGGACACAGUCAGACUUCAGGGGUCUGCCGGCCCCGGGGCCAGAGGUGGCUCCAGGGUCUCUGCCACGGCGGAGGCUUCUGGAGAGGGGCGUGUGGGAGCAGAACCAGGGAGCUCCGAAAGAGUGAGGACUCGGGGUUCAUCUGGGGAUGGCAGGGGCUUCGGAGCCUCAGGGACAGUGGGGGCAUUUGGAAAAGGAGGCCACGAAGGCGGGUCGGGGGGCUCAGGGGCUGUGCCGCCAGGAUCUCAGAGGGCGGUGGGCGGAGCGAGUGGCAAGGCCGGGUCGGGGGUUCCUGGGGGUGCAGCUGGUCGUGCAGACGAUGCCAGGCGCCCCGAGGCACAGGUGCCCCCGACUGGGGCCAGCCCUGAGAGCUGGGGGCCAUGUGGCUCUGGCCCCAUGCUGGGUCAGGGGGCUGGCUCCCCAGCUGCAGGGCCUCAGCAAGCGGGGGGCAGGACAGCUGACAGAGGAGGGUCGGGGGGUCUCGGGCCUGGGGAGCUGGGGCCAGGGGCUGAGGCCAGCUCCAGAGGCGGUUCGGGGGGCCAUGGAGGGCUGGGGUCAGCGGGGGAGGCUGGCUACGGGGAUGGUUUGGGGGCUCCUGAGGGAAUGGGGUUAGGGAGCAAGGCAGGGCACAGGGAUGGUUUGGGGGGGCCUGGGGUAACCAGGUCAGGGACUGAGGCAGGUCCCAGGGGAGGCAUAGGAGGGUCUGGAGUAAUAGGGCCGGAGAGUGGGCAGGGCUCCAGAGAUGGUUCCGGGCGGUUCGGUUCAGACUCGCUGGCUGGAGAGGGACCUGGGGGCCCCCGAGGUCCGGAAGCCGUGGGGCAAGGGUCCGGGUCCUGGGCAGCACCAGAGGGGUCUCGUGGUGGCACAGGCUCCAGGGGCGGUCCAGACAGGAGCAGGGGGGCAGGGACGGGGCUGGCGGGCGGGCCCGGUCCCGGGCUGGGCUCUGGGGUGACUAGCGUGGUGGGCACUGCAGACGGGCAGGGCUCCAAGAAUGGCUCUGAGGGCUUCGCAACCUCGGGGACCCCCGGGACAUCGGGGGCUGUUGGCUCGAUGGGAAAAGCAGGAGGCAGAGAGUGGCAGGAUGUCGCAGGGACCCCCGGGUCUCCUGGGGACAGAGGACCCCCCGGCGGGGAAGGCAGGUCUGCCGACCGCGCAGGGGGUGUGCGGGCUCCUGGCUCUCUUGAGGGUCAGGGGGCAGUGAAAGAUUCCCGGGCAGGGACAGCUGCUCUGGAAUCCGGACAUGAAGGGGACUUCCGGAAGGCAGGCCCGGGGACCGCAGACAGAGGUGGCACCGCUGGCCAGGGAGCGCAGGCGUCUGAGGGAGCAGGGGGCUCGCUGCUGGGAGGCGGGGGGCUGGCAGCAGCACGGGGAAGGCCGGCAGGCACAGGCUCGGUCCUGGACAGCAGCCAGACCCCUGGGGACAGGGACAAGUCUGUGACGGAGUCUGCAGAGGGCGGGGGGGCAAGCCGGGCUCGGGCCCCAGGCCGGGAAAUUGGCCGAGGCAGCGCAGGAGCUGGGACCCGGCCCCCAGGCUCCACGGCAGCUGGGUCUCUGCAGGAGGGAGCUGCCACUGUCGGCAGGACCCAAGAAGGGACAGAAGGCGGCAGGGCCCGGGAGGGGGCUGCAGGCCAAGGGGAGGCUGGUGGGUGGCCAGGCCCGAGGCCCCUGGACAGCAAGGGUUCAGCUGCUGGAAGGGGCAGGACUGCCGUCCCAGGGGACUCAGGUGGAGCCCAGAACGGCCUAGAAGUUCCUCUUGGCAAACAGGGCUCUAGAGACAGAUCCGCAGACACUCGUGGGCAGGGCCGAGGACGGCUGGGAGGAAGAGGUUUUCUGGGGUCACAGGGCUCCCUAGAGGCUGAGGACGACAAGGCCCAAGGUCCAGAGACCCUAAAAGAAGAUGAGAGACAGGUUGCAGAGAAGCCCGGUGGGUCAGACAGGAGGCGUGGCCCACCCAGGAGCUCGUCCCAGGCACAGCCAGGGGCCGAGGCGGGAGCCGCAGAGCAGGGGACAGUGGGUGAGGCCCGAGGCAGGAGGCAGCCGCCUGGUGGAAGGGACGAAGCCAGCCCUGGGGAGAUGCUGCAUGACGACCAGAGCCGGAGGCCCCCUGGCCAUCUCGGCAGCAGGAAGGGUGGCACAGAGGGCCGGCCUGCCAUCUACGGCCAGGAGAGGGACGCCACCCCGAGUCCCAGAUCCAGACGCAAGCCUGGCACCAGCGAUGUCUCCGAGGAGGUCAGAGGCCACUUCUUCCAGGGCCUGACUGACACGGAAGCACGGCUGGGGGAGGACGCUGUGCUCUCCUGCACCCUCAGCCGGGACCUGGGACCUGGUGCUUGGUUCAAGGAUGGCGUCCAGCUCAGCACCCAGGAUGGACUGGUCAUCGAGCAGGAUGGUCUGGUGCGCAGGCUCCUCAUCGCCCACGUGCAGGGGGCCCAGGCCGGCAGGUACACCUUUGCAGUCGGCAACCAGCAGAGCGAGGCCACGCUGACCGUCAAAGAUCCCCCCGUCAUCACUCCAGAAGUGAUUGACGGCCUGAAGGAGCCGCUGGUGGUCAAGGCUGGGAAGCUGCUGGCAGUGAAGAUCCCCUUCCAGAGCCGCCUCCCCGUCCAGGCCACCUGGUGGAAGGACGGGGCUCAGGUGGAUGGUGGCCGCGGCGGGGGUGCGCAGGUGGCCCUCGGUGACGGCUUCACCCGGCUGUGCCUCCCCAGCGCCAGCAGGAAGGACCGUGGCCAGUACAGCGUGACGCUGAGGAGCAAGGGCGGCUCUGUGCAGGCCGAGCUCACCCUGCAAGUCAUCGACAAGCCCCAGCCCCCACAGGGCCCCCUGGAGGUGCAGGACUGCCGGGGGGCCGGCGUCUGCCUGCGCUGGCGGCCCCCUCGGGACGACGGGGGUCGACCCGUGGAGCGCUACGUGGUGGACAGGCAGCAGGCCGGCCGGAGCACGUGGCUGAAGGUGGCCGAGCCCCCCGCAGACAGCCUCACGUUCACGGACGCCCACGUGGAGAAGGGCAGGAAGUACACCUUCCGCGUGCGGGCCGUGACCUCGGAGGGCGCCGGCGAGGCCCUGGAGUCCGAGGAGGUGCUGGUGGCUCCCGAUGCGCUCCCUGGGCCGCCCUCCGCCCCGGCCAUCCUGUCGGCCUCCAGCUGCGGCAUCACUAUGGCGUGGACGGCGCCUCAGGGCCUCAGCCGCGCCCACAUCCUGGGCUACCUGAUCGACAAGCGCAAGAAGGGGAGCAACACGUGGACGGCGGUGACCGAGCAGCCCGUGCCCGAGCGGAAGUGGACGGUGGCGGACUUGCGGCAUGACUGUCAGUAUGAGUUCCGGGUCACGGUCUUGGGUCCCUCUGGCCCCGGACAGCCUGGGCCCCCGUCGGAAGCCGUCUUCGCACGGGACCCCAUGAGCCCCCCCGGCCCCGUGAGGGAUCUCCAAGUGACAGACACGUCGCACACCAGCAUCACCCUGCGCUGGGCCCCGCCGGACACUCAGGACGGGGACGAAGCACAGGGGUACGUGGUGGAGCUCCGUGACUCAGACGGCCUCCAGUGGAGCCCGUGCCACCUGGGCACCGUGCCCACAACCACCUACACGGCCAAGGGGCUUCGGCCCCGCGGGGGCUACUUCGUGCGGGUGACCGCCGUUAACGACGGGGGCCGCGGCCAGCCCACUGCCCUGGACACACUAGUGCAGGCCGCGCCCGCUGCCGUCAGUCCCAGGUUCCUUCUGGGCUCCAGCGCAAAGAACUCGCUGAUGGUCAGAGCUGGGGACACGGUUCGCGUGCCUGUCAAGUUCGAAGUGAGUGAAUCUAAUGGGUAUGGGGAGGGGCCCGAGCCACCGAGGGAGCCAGGUUCCCAUCUGUCUCUGGCCCCUUCUGGCCCCUUCUGGCCCCUUCUGGCCCCUACUCAGGGACCAAGGCUUGUGCUGCAAGGAGGAAGGAAGGAGGAGGGUCCUCUUUGAAGGUCCAGCCCCCACCUGGCCGCCAGGUGGCCAUCCUGCUCAUGUCUGCGGGACCCUCUAGUGGUAGCUUCCGGUACUGCAUGCCCCAAACGGGGGCUUCCACUUUCCUCCGAGUCUGGGAAUUUUGGGGGGACCUGAGGCGUGGGUCGCUCCUUUGACUUCAGAAUGCAUUCUGUGCAAGGACACGACCCGCACUUGACCCAGGAUGGCCCUGGGUCCGCACGUGCUGCAGUACGGGCGGGGGUUAGAAGCUCAGACCUGCUUCACGCUCCGGUACCUUCUCUCGCCGGCUCUGGAGAAAAUACCUGACCCUCUCUGUGUCCCAGCUCCCUCGCCUGUCCACCAGGGGGCAUGGGAGCAGCUGACCUCAGCAGUUCCGAGGGCUCAAGGAAUCGAUAGCCUGAAAACACGUCUUACCAUUAUUGAAAUGAUCACCAUCGUCACCUCUGUGGGAAGGGCACAGGUGGCAGAGCUAGGGCCAAACCCAGUUAUUUGCCCUAAAUUAUCUCUGAACUAUAUCAGGCUGCGCUAUGUCAGACUGCACUAUGUCCGACUGCACU